CCCCCUGUGCUGUUCUACCAUGAAAUGUGGACGGGGGGUGACAUCAGAAUAUAGAAAGAUCCCUUUAACAGAGAGCGGAGAAAAUCUCGGGACCGUGACUUAGCGGUCGAGGUUGACGCUGGGGGCCUCUCACCGCCCACGGCCCAAUGCGAUUCCGUUGUAUAUCUUUGAUGUUCUAUCUCUCCCAACACCUAUCUUCUCCUUGGAAUCUCGGCUCCCUGCACGCGUCGUAUUUACCAACCUCGUUGAUCUUCACACAACUUAUCUAUUACGUACAAAACGAGAAAACGCUUCCCCCGGUGCUGCUGGCAAUUGCACGAGGUCGUCCGGUCUGUUACAGAAGGGCGAUCGGUUAUGGAACGGAUGUUUCUUUAGGAUUGGGGUUUGUGGGAAUGGGGCUUGGAUCGUGUUGUCCAAACCAAAAGGAGGCCGAUGCGUGGACACGGGUCUAUCAUGUCAGUUUAGCAAGGCGCGAGUCGUGCUCCAAUGUUUAAACUUGAAAUAUCAAUCGAUUCCGAGUCCUCGUGAUCCUCGGAACGAAAUUGGGACCUGCCUCCUGACCUCCCAAUCCCCUUGUUAAAGUCGCCCGCCCUACUAAUUCUUUUCAUGAGGCAUGAGUGUUCCGAUCUUUGCUGAGAAGAGUGGCGUAUAAUUCGUUUGUGCGAAAAUAAAUACAU